CAGCGCGGCCGGCCGGCGGGCCGCACCACAAAGCCCGGGGGCGGCGGGGAGGAGGCCGGGCCGGCGAGCGGCCGCCCCGCGCAGCCCGCCGUGUGAGCGGCGCCGCGGCCGCGCAGGACGCAAACUUUCCCGGCGACGGCGGGGCGGCGGCGUCCCAACUCCGCGCCCGGCCCCGGCUGCGGCCCCGGCCCGCCGCUCGGCGAGGAGACCCCCUAAAGGAGUAAACAGGUCAUGGCACGCUUAACAAAAAGACGGCAGGCGGACACAAAAGCUAUCCAGCAUCUUUGGGCAGCCAUUGAGAUUAUACGGAAUCAGAAGCAAAUUGCCAACAUUGACCGUAUUACAAAGUACAUGUCUCGAGUCCACGGUAUGCAUCCAAAAGAGACCACUCGUCAGCUGAGCUUAGCUGUGAAAGAUGGUCUUAUUGUGGAAACGCUAACAGUGGGCUGCAAAGGUUCAAAAGCUGGUAUCGAACAGGAAGGAUAUUGGUUGCCAGGAGAUGAGAUUGCCUACAGUAUGCAGCCUUUCUCCAGGACAGCAGCCCCAAACAAGGACUGGGAAACAGAAAAUCAUGACUGGUAUUGUUUUGAAUGCCAUUUGCCUGGAGAGGUGUUGAUAUGUGACCUGUGUUUUCGUGUGUAUCAUUCCAAGUGUUUGUCUGAUGAGUACAGGCUUAGAGACAGCAGUAGUCACUGGCAGUGCCCAGUUUGCAGGAGCAUCAAGAAGAAAAAUACGAACAAGCAGGAGAUGAGCACGUACCUGAGGUUCAUCGUCUCCCGCAUGAAGGAGCGGGCUAUUGACCUUAAUAAAAAGGGGAAGGACAACAAACACCCCAUGUACCGGCGGCUGGUGCACUCGGCGGUGGACGUCCCUGCCAUUCAGGAGAAGGUGAACGAGGGGAAAUACCGAAGUUACGAGGAGUUCAAAGCCGACGCACAGUUGCUUCUCCACAACACAGUGAUUUUCUAUGGAGCAGACAGUGAGCAAGCUGACAUAGCAAGGAUGCUCUAUAAAGACACAUGUCAUGAGCUGGAUGAACUACAGCUUUGCAAGAAUUGCUUCUAUUUAUCAAAUGCUCGUCCUGACAAUUGGUUCUGCUAUCCUUGUAUACCUAAUCAUGAACUGGUUUGGGCUAAAAUGAAAGGUUUUGGAUUCUGGCCAGCCAAAGUCAUGCAGAAAGAGGACAAUCAGGUUGACGUCCGCUUCUUCGGGCACCACCACCAAAGGGCCUGGAUUCCUUCUGAAAACAUACAGGACAUCACGGUGAACGUGCACCGGCUGCACGUCAAGCGCAGCAUGGGCUGGAAGAAGGCCUGCGAUGAGCUGGAGCUGCAUCAGCGCUUCCUCCGUGAGGGGAGGUUUUGGAAAUCGAAGAAUGAGGACCGCGGGGAGGAGGAGGCGGAAUCCAGCAUCUCCUCCACCAGCAACGAGCAGCUGAAGGUCACUCAAGAACCGAGAGCAAAGAAAGGACGACGUAAUCAAAGUGUGGAACCCAAAAAAGAAGAACCAGAGCCUGAGACGGAAGCAGUAAGUUCCAGCCAGGAAAUCCCCACGAUGCCUCAGCCAAUCGAAAAGGUUUCUGUAUCGACUCAGACCAGGAAGUUAAGUGCCUCUUCACCGAGAAUGCUGCACCGCAGCACCCAGACCGCCAGCGACGGCGCGUGUCAGAGCAUGUGCCAUGACAAGUACACCAAGAUUUUCAAUGACUUCAAAGACCGAAUGAAGUCUGAUCACAAGCGCGAAACUGAGAGAGUUGUGCGAGAGGCUCUGGAAAAGCUGCGUUCUGAAAUGGAAGAAGAAAAAAGACAAGCUGUAAAUAAAGCUGUAGCCAAUAUGCAGGGUGAGAUGGACAGAAAAUGUAAGCAAGUAAAGGAAAAGUGUAAAGAAGAAUUUGUAGAAGAAAUCAAGAAGCUAGCAACACAGCACAAACAACUAAUUUCUCAGACCAAGAAGAAGCAGUGGAUAUCAUCCAGUCGCCUAUUAUCUGGUGUCACCUCCUAUAUUGUGAGUUAAUACUGAAAGGAAAGAGAGCACUUAAGUUUCACAGAAGCCGUUAUGUUUGUAGCAGUGGAUCCUUGCCUACUAGUGAACUCCAUCGCUGUACACAGAAUGAAGAAUAAUGCAUGUUAAUUUUCUUGUAUUAAAGAUGCCGUGAUUUGUAAAAAGUCUGUAUUUUGCGGAAUGUCUGGAUGAAGAAGCAUUACAAUAGGAAUGGAUCGAUAGUUGAAUAAUGAUUGUUUUAAUCAUAGAUAUAUAAAAUACAGCCAGGAAAAUUUAAAUUACUUCUUUAAAAAAAAAAAACCUCACAAUUUAUGUUUUUUCAAAGACUGAUCUUAGAUCAAGUUCCCAUUUAUCAUUUAGUUAUUUUUAAGGUUAGAGAAAGAAUUUGUAAAUAUUUAUUUAGACCUUUGAUAUUUAUUAAAGCAAUUACACACAAUGUAAGUGAGAGAAUCAGGGGAAAAACCUUUUAAAAAGUUUUCUCCAGGUUUGUCAGGGUCACUCUAAAGAUAAAAAUGUAACUAAGUCUUCUGUGAAAUAAUCACCCGUGAGGUCCUGAUGCUGUUGCAGAUGGUGGUGACACAAGUUAAUCGACAAGCUACUGCCCAGUGGUGCCCAGUGGCUUGUGGGCCCUGCCAGUAGCCCCGUUUGGGCACCAUACCUGACUUACGCAGGGACUUGGCAUUCUCGGUCCCUCCUUGUUGCUGUGUGAUUAGUCAGUGUUGCCAUGGUGCCGUGCUCUGAGCGAGAUGAUGUAACCAAGAACACUUACCUUCUCUGAUUGUUUUUCAAGUUUUAAAACUUCGAUCCACCCCUAUGAGAGCAAGUUAUUGUGGAACUAUUUUUGGUGUAAAAUCAUUCCAGAGUGUGUACUAUUUACCGAUAGCUGCAUGAAAGUAAGAUUCGUGUUACUUUGGCUUUUUUGUCUCCUUUGACACGGUUGCACAUUUCCAAGUUACUACAGCGUGAAAACUGUGUGUUUAAAAAAACAAAAAAAAAAACAAAAAAAAAAACAAAAUUAAAAAAAGAUUGUGGCCUGGUUUUGUAAAAGUUUUAGGUAAAAUUACAAUUGAUUGUUUUAGGAAACUAUUAAAACUCUGCAAUCAUGACGCUAUAUCGAGGUGUGGAGCUUUGCCACUCUGCACAUUGUAAUCACCCAUCGUGGCUGUCCAGUCCUAUGAUGCAUUCUGGCAUUUUGUAAGCUGCUCUGACUAGCAAUAUAUAGAUUCAUUUAAUGUGUUAACAUUGGUUAAUAAAUGUAUUUAAAAAAACUGCCUUUAAUAAAUUGUUGCUUUAGUCCAUUCCGCUAGACCAAAACAAACACGACUAUGUCACAUGGUAAUCAGAUACUGUGGGCUAUCCAUUGGUGAUUGUUUAUAUAAAAUCAGUGUAUUAAAAAUAAUUUAAACAUUUAUUUAAGUUGAAUUUUUACCAGUUCUCAAAAAAUUCAGGUAUGUUUGAGUACAACGCAUGUUUUCUGAGGUACCUUAUGCUAGGCUGAACAUACAGAUAGAAAAUUAUUCAGUGACUAUUUGAAAUUAGUCGAUAUCAUCAGUUUCAGUGCAUCUAGAAUCAAAUCCACCAUCUCACCUUGCAUCACAUCAUGUGACGCCAAUCUCAGCUCACCCUCCUGGCCAGACCACGAUGCGGUAGGGAGCUCCACCCUCUCCUUUGCCUUCACCUCUGAUUCAGUGGUUCUCAAGCAUUUGACAUCAGGAUCACAAGAGGGUUUGUUCAAACACUGCUGGGCCCCACCCCCAGCGUUUUCAUUGCUUGCAAGUCCCCGAGUGUCGCUGAUGAGGCCAUCCUUUCAUAACCACUGCUUUACUGAUGAAAAUAAAAACAACAGACACUUUCAUGAACAAUAGACAUACAUGCACAAAGUUAGGGCCCACCUGUAGCCUUCCCACCUCCAGAAAGAUCCAGGUCCCUCAGGCUGAGAAUCCCAAAUGCAACAGGAUUAGCCAUGCAAGAAUAGGACAGGUAGCAAGAGUCCUGCUCCUGUGAUCUAGAUCAGAGCCUCAGAAGUGCAGGUGCACACAGACCACCCGGGGAUCUGGUUAAAAUGCAGAAUCUGACUUAGGUGAUCUGGGGUGGGUGGAGCUGGUGAUUCUGCCAUUUCUCAUAAGCUUCCAAGCGAUGCUGACUACUGGCCAGGGAUUACAGCCAAGGCACAAGGCCUUAAAGGAUAUGUAAGUUCUCAAAAGUGUAACUACUACCACACUAAAUUGUAAACUAUCAGACAGUGCUGUCAAGUGAAAUUAUGUAAUGUGAGGCACAUAAAUUUAAAAAUCUCUAGUGCCCAUAACAAAUAUUACACCAUAUUAAAAAGGAGCAGGUUAAAUUAAUAUAUCCUACUUAACCUAGUAUAUCCAAAAUAUUUCAAUAAUUAAUAUAACAGUGAGACAUCUUACAUUCUUGUUUUAUACUGUCUUCAAAAUCCAGUGUGUGUUUCAUGCUUUCAGCAUCUCCAUUCACAUGUGGGUGAUGACUCCCCACACUGGACAGAGCAACCUAGAAACAAGAGCUUUGUCUUCCCACGCCAGCGCCCGCAUCAGCACCUGACCUGUAGUCAAUAUGCAUGUAUUGUGUAGUGGAGGUCCUACUUGGUACCUAGGAGCUUACAAGAAAUAAAUUAAUAGUUUUCACCAGAAUUUGACCUCGCUGAGGGUAGGCUCUUAGUCUUUCAGAGUCUAUUUCAGAGCUUAGAAAUCUUCAACAACCUCUCAACAGACAUUUCAAUUAGGCAGCCCUGGAAAGGUACCUAAGGAUCUCUGGCUCUACAGGGCAGUUUGAAAACCUUUAUCUACUCCAACUCCUUAACCUCAUACUGAGGAGAAAGCUGAGACCCAGAUUCCGCUUUCAUUUCUGAUGUUAGUAAUUUAUGUCUUCUCUCUUUUUUCCUUAAUGAGCCUGGCUAGAGGGCCAAUGAUUUGAUUGAUCUUUUCAAAGAACCAGCUUUUGGUUUCAUUUUUUCCUCUUAAGGUGGAUACAAAAGUCAAUCAAAAAGGUGACACGUUGAAAUAUAGCCCAGCCGUUUAUAUAGUUCUCCUUCUCAGAGGCAAUCACAGCCACCAGUUUCCCUAAGACAUCUUUCCAAAGAAAUGCAUAGUCAAGCAUAUAGUGCUACACUGGCAUUUGAGAAAAGUCUUGUUCACUUCUGAAAUAUAUUUUAAUGUGAUUCACGUGUGUGUACAUAUGUAAUAUACAUAUAUGUAUAUAUGUGCAUGUAUGUAUACCAAACUGCAAUCUCUUACAGUUUUUUAAAAAUAAAGUAUAACC